AGUGCAUUUUGGUGGCGGAUCGGAGGCGUCCGGGUGGUGGUGGCAGUCGCGGAGGGGCCCGCCAUGGAGCACGUGACGGAGGGUUCCUGGGAGUCGCUGCCGGUGCCGCUGCACCCGCAGGUGCUGGGUGCGCUGCAGGAGCUUGGCUUCCCGUACAUGACGCCGGUGCAGUCUGCAACCAUCCCUCUGUUCAUGAAAAACAAAGACGUCGCCGCAGAAGCGGUCACAGGUAGUGGCAAAACCCUUGCUUUUGUCAUUCCCAUCCUGGAAAUUCUUCUGAGAAGGGAAGAGAAAUUAAAAAAAUGUCAGGUUGGCGCCAUAAUCAUCACGCCCACACGGGAGCUGGCUGUUCAGAUAGACGAGGUCCUGUCACACUUCACCAAGCACUUCCCUCAGUUUAGCCAGAUUCUUUGGAUUGGAGGCAGGAACCCUGGAGAAGAUGUUGAGAAGUUCAAGGCACAAGGUGGAAACAUCAUUGUGGCGACUCCAGGCCGCUUGGAGGACAUGUUCCGGAGGAAGGCCGAGGGGUUGGAUUUGGCCAGCUGUGUGAAAUCCCUGGACGUCCUGGUGUUGGAUGAAGCUGACCGACUUUUGGACAUGGGGUUUGAGGCGAGUAUAAAUACCAUUCUGGAGUUCCUGCCAAAGCAGAGGAGAACGGGCCUAUUCUCUGCCACUCAGACGCAGGAAGUGGAGAACCUGGUGCGAGCGGGCCUCCGGAAUCCCGUCCGCAUCUCGGUGAAGGAGAAGGGCGUGGCAGCCAGCAGUACCCAGAAAACGCCAUCCCGCCUGGAGAACUACUACAUGGUGUGUAAGGCAGAUGAGAAAUUUAACCAGCUGGUGCAUUUUCUUCGAAAUCAUAAGCAGGAAAAACACCUGGUCUUCUUCAGCACCUGCGCCUGUGUGGAAUACUACGGGAAGGCUCUGGAGGCCUUGGUGAAGCGUGUGACGAUACUGUGCAUUCACGGAAAGAUGAAGUACAAGCGCAACAAGAUCUUCAUGGAGUUCCGCAAAUUGCAAAACGGCAUUUUAGUGUGCACUGAUGUGAUGGCCCGCGGAAUCGAUAUUCCUGAAGUCAACUGGGUUUUGCAGUACGACCCUCCCAGCAAUGCAAGUGCCUUCGUGCAUCGCUGCGGCCGCACUGCCCGCAUUGGCCAUGGAGGCAGCGCACUGGUGUUCCUCCUUCCCAUGGAAGAGUCCUACGUCAAAUUCCUUGCAAUUAACCAAAAGUGCCCCCUGCAGGAGAUGAGGCUGCAGAAAAACACAGCGGACCUUCUUCCAGAGCUGAAGGCCAUGGCCCUGGCUGACAGAGCUGUGUUUGAAAAGGGGAUGAAAGCUUUUGUGUCGUACGUCCAGGCCUACGUGAAGCACGAGUGCAACCUCAUCUUCAGGCUCAAAGAUCUGGAUUUUGCUAGUCUUGCUCGAGGUUUUGCCCUGCUGAAGAUGCCCAAGAUGCCAGAGCUGAAAGGGAAGCAGUUUCCAGAUUUUGUGCCUGUGGAUGUUAAUACAGACACGAUUCCAUUUAAAGACAAAGUCAGAGAAAAGCAGAGGCAGAAGGUACUGGAGCAAAAAAGAAAAGAGAGAACAGAAAACGAAGGGAGAAGAAAGUUCAUAAAAAACAAAGCUUGGUCCAAGCAGAAGGCCAAAAGGGAAAAGAAGAAAAAAAUGAAUGAAAAAAGGAAAAGGGAAGAGGGUUCUGAUAUCGAAGAUGAGGACAUGGAGGAACUUCUUAAUGAUACAAGACUCUUAAAAAAGUUUAAAAAGGGCAAAAUCACUGAAGAAGAAUUUGAGAAGGGUUUGUUGACAAGUGGCAGAAGGACAAUCAAGACAGAUUUCAGGAUCUCAGAUUUGGAAAAUGACUGCUGAUCCUAGCGUCUCUGGUGUAC